AUGAAGAAAAAAAUUACUGAAGACUUUGUAUGGCUCAGUAGUGAAGGAAUUGUUACAUGUCCAAGUAUCAAUUCCUUUACUUUGGAACAUGGAAGAUGGAGAAUUGUGAAUGGUUCCCAUUACGAAUACAAAACCAAAGUAGUUUUCAGCUGUGAUCCUGGUUAUCAUGGAUUAGGUCCUGCUUCUAUUGAAUGUCUUCCUAAUGGUACCUGGAGUUGGAGAAAUGAAAGACCAUAUUGCCAAAUUAUUUCCUGUGGAGAACUCCCAACCCCUCCCAAUGGAAAUAAGAUUGGAACUCAGACUUCAUAUGGCUCAACAGCCAUCUUUACCUGUGAUUCAGGAUUCAUGCUUGUGGGCUCUGCUGUUCGGGAAUGCCUUUCUUCAGGUCUUUGGAGUGGAUCAGACACCAGAUGCCUAGCGGGUCACUGUGGAAUUCCGGAGCUUAUUGUGAAUGGUCAAGUCAUUGGAGAAAAUUAUGGUUACAGAGACACAGUUGUUUAUCAAUGUAAUCCUGGUUUUCGCUUGAUUGGUUCUUCAGUAAGAAUAUGUCAACAAGAUCACAAUUGGUCUGGUCAACUUCCAGCCUGUGUGCCUGUGAGCUGUGGUCACCCUGGUAGUCCAAUUUAUGGAAGAACAAGUGGGAAUGGAUUCAAUUUUAAUGAUGUGGUAACAUUCUCCUGCAAUAUUGGGUAUCUCAUGCAGGGGCCAACAAAGGCCCAGUGCCAGGCCAACAGACAGUGGAGCCAUCCUCCACCAGUGUGCAAAGUGGUCAACUGUUCUGAUCCUGGAAUUCCAGCCAAUUCCAAAAGAGAAAGUAAAAUAGAACAUGGGAAUUUCACCUAUGGCACUGUGGUAUUCUAUGACUGCAAUCCUGGAUAUUUCUUAUUUGGAUCUUCAGUUUUGAUAUGUCAACCAAAUGGACAAUGGGACAAACCUUUACCAGAAUGUAUCAUGAUUGACUGUGGACACCCUGGCGUUCCUCCUAAUGCAGUCCUGUCUGGUGAGAAGUAUACUUUUGGGUCUACUGUUCACUAUUCCUGCACAGGAAAGCGUACACUUCUAGGCCAAUCAUCAAGGACUUGCCAAUUAAAUGGCCAUUGGAGUGGAUCACAACCUCAUUGUUCAGGUGAUGCUACUGGUACAUGUGGGGAUCCAGGUACUCCUGGUCACGGUUCUAGACAGGAAAGCGAUUUCCGAACCAAGAGUUCUGUACGCUUUGCCUGUGAUACUGGUUAUAUCCUUCAUGGUUCAGAAGAAAGAACAUGUUUACCCAAUGGGAGUUGGACUGGAAGGCAGCCAGAAUGCAAAGCUGUACAGUGUGGUAACCCUGGGACAACAGCCAAUGGAAAAGUCUUUCGGAUUGAUGGCACAACAUUUUCUAGUUCAGUCAUUUAUUCCUGCGUGGAGGGAUAUAUUCUUUCUGGACCUUCAGUUAGGCAGUGCACAGCCAAUGGAACAUGGUCGGGAACUUUGCCUAACUGUACAAUAAUCAGUUGUGGAGACCCAGGUAUACCAGCCAAUGGACUGAGAUAUGGAGAUGAUUAUGUGGUUGGACAGAAUGUUUCUUACAUGUGCCAACCAGGCUAUACAAUGGAAUUCAAUGGUUCAAGAAUCAGGACUUGUACCACUAAUGGCACAUGGAGUGGAGUCAUGCCAGCUUGUAGAGCUGUUACCUGCCCAGCUCCUCCCCAGAUCUCUAAUGGAAGGUUGGAAGGAACAAAUUUUGACUGGGGCUUUAGUAUUAGCUACAUCUGUUCUCCAGGCUAUGAACUGUCCUUCCCUGCCGUUUUGACCUGUGUAGGGAAUGGUACCUGGAGUGGGGAAGUACCACAAUGCUUACCAAAAUUUUGUGGUGACCCUGGUAUACCUGCCCAAGGAAAAAGAGAAGGCAAAAGCUUUAUAUACCAGUCAGAGGUUUCAUUCAGCUGCAAUUCUCCUUUCAUAUUAGUGGGAUCUAGCACCAGAAUAUGUCAAGCAGAUGGCACUUGGAGUGGUUCAUCACCUCACUGCAUAGAACCCACCCGUACAUCAUGUGACAACCCAGGCGUGCCACGUCAUGGAUCUCAGAACAAUACAUUUGGAUUUCAAGUGGGAAGUGUUGUGCAGUUCCACUGCAAAAAAGGACAUCUUCUUCAAGGGUCUACAACACGGACUUGCCUUCCUGACCUCACUUGGAGUGGAAUUCAGCCUGAGUGCAUACCCCACAGCUGUAAACAGCCAGAAACUCCUGCUCAUGCAAAUGUGGUAGGGAUGGACCUCCCAUCCCAUGGGUAUACAUUAGUUUAUACCUGCCAGCCUGGCUUCUUCUUAGCUGGUGGAACAGAACAUAGAGUGUGUAGAUCCGAUAACACCUGGACUGGAAAAGUUCCUGUUUGUGAAGCUGGUUCCAAAAUAUUGGUAAAAGAUCCUAGACCUGCACUUGGAACACCCAGCCCAAAGCUAAGUGUUCCUGAUGAUGUGUUUGCCCAAAAUUAUAUAUGGAAAGGCUCUUACAAUUAUAAAGGAAGGAAACAACCCAUGACCUUGACAGUCACUAGUUUCAAUGCUUCCACUGGGAGAGUCAAUGCGACACUCAGUAAUAGCAACAUGGAACUGCUUCUUUCAGGAGUAUAUAAAAGCCAAGAAGCUCGCCUAAUGUUACACAUCUAUCUUAUUAAAGUACCAGCUCAAGCUACUGUGAAGAAAAUGAAGGAGGAAAAUUGGGCCAUGGAUGGAUUUGUUUCUGCUGAGCCUGAUGGAGCUACUUAUGUAUUUCAAGGAUUUAUUCAGGGUAAAGAUUAUGGGCAAUUUGGACUACAAAGACUAGGACUGAAUAUGUCAGAAGGCUCAAAUUCUUCAAAUCAACCUCAUGGUACAAAUAGUAGUUCCGUGGCCAUUGCUAUUCUGGUGCCUUUUUUUGCACUUAUAUUUGCAGGAUUUGGAUUUUAUCUCUAUAAACAAAGGACUGCACCCAAAACCCAGUAUACAGGAUGUUCAGUUCAUGAAAAUAACAAUGGCCAAGCAGCUUUUGAAAAUCCCAUGUAUGACACCAACGCAAAGGCAGUGGAAGGGAAGGCGGUACGGUUCGAUCCCAACUUGAACACAGUCUGCACAAUGGUAUAACGUGGCAGCUUUGGCCUUCUUCAGAAGCUUGGAAAUCGACACACAAAACAGUGCACAUUUAGUUCACUGAUAAACAAAUUAAAGCACACUUAUCAGGACUUGCUGGGUCACCUUUUCCUGUGGAAUGAUAGCGAAGAGUGUUUUUUCAUAAACUGGACCAUAGUUCUUCUUCAUGUUUACCAUGGAGAAUUUUACAGAAAUUUGGCUGCACUCCGAGAGUGCUUACUCACAGUUUAUUUGCUUUUUUUAAAAAGGAGAUUAUUCUAAAACAUAAACUUAUUUGCAUAUAUUGGAGGAGCAUCCACUAUCAGUAUUUCUGUGCUUUAUAAACUAUAUUAGAGGGACUGGGUUUAAAAAAAAAUGAUAUAGGGUAGAAAAUAAGAGCUAUACUUACAAGAGUCAAUAGAUCACUGACUUCUCUUUAACUGUCAUGAGCUGUAUCACCCCCGUAAGUCUUUAUUUCUCACCACUCUAUCAGCUGUUCCUUCCUAUUAAUUGAGUCAUUGUUUUCUUCAUUUCUCUGGUUAUUUCAGAUUGAGUCAUGCCCUGAAAUGUUUAUGAGCUAAUUUAUGUCACAGAUGAGAUAAGACUGCCCACUCUGAUUUGAUGUUUUCUGGUUUUUGUUCUUCAGUAUCAUACUGCUAUCUUUUUUUAGAUCGGUUGUCAUAGUUUCUGUAAAUGGCAAGAUCAUCAUGCUAUCUUCCUGAUUUCCCACAUUAUGUUGUAAACAAUAUUAUUCAGUGAGCCAUGGGGUAAGUGUUUAACUCCUUGCUUCAAUCUUUUUUUGUCCCUCAGAAACCACCUUAGCUGGCAAAAACUCUAUAAUAAUCAUGAUUUUACAGUUAUCUGAGAUACCAUUCUUUACCAUUCUUUCUAAUAUUUUUGCAAGACCAAAUAGAACCUAUCAAUCUACUUAUUUAGUUUAUAAUUUAUCUGUUUUUCCUUCCAGUUGAGUCUUCAUAUUCAUUUAAUAUUGCUUUGAACUUUUAUCUAACAGUGAGUUAGAAGUAUAAGCUUGUUAAACUUUUUAGUUAACAGUGAGUUAAACAUAUAUUUUGGACCAUUGCCUAAACCGAAAUGAGUAAAAGUAAAAUUACUUUCAAAUCACCAAUAUAAAUUUAUUUCCUAAAGUUGUGGAUUUACCAAUUUUUUAUAUAUUUAAAACUUUCUAUUCUCUUAUCCUUAAGAAGCAGCUUCCAGAUAUGACAGGUUUCUUUCAUAGUCAUUAAAGUAUGUAUUUGCAAGUUAUUUACAACCAUAUCACAGAAAUGCCAGCAUUUUGAUUUAAUAGGUCAUAGUCUUCCUUUAAUAGCAUGUUUUGCUUCAUUGAAUAAAUUAUGUACCCAGUGUGAACACUUCAUUGCUGUCCCUUUCAAAUAUGGAUAAAGUUGUAAACAGUCUCGGCUUUUUGUAUCAUGAGACAGAGUGCCUACGAGAAAUCAUUGCACCCAGAGCGCUGCUUGGAUCUAUCUCUACAAAUGUAGUGAAUUUCUUGUAAACCACUUUGAGAUACAUUGUUUUGGAAAUUCAUAUAAUUUUCCCAACAUUGUACUCUACUGACAGGAUGCUGUUUCAAAUUUUAUUCCAUCAGUUAUUUAUUCUUGUUUAUUCAAAUGACUGCAAUAACAACGAUUCAUUCAUUAAUGUUAAGGUUAAUACAUUUAAGAUCUUGUUUAAACAAUGUUUCUUCUGCAACUGGCUACUCCUCUUAUAUUAAUGCAUACACUUUUGUAAAGAAUUAUAUUUUUAUGAAAAAAAAAACUUUGUAAAAGUAUGAUGUAAAUUUUCAGUGCAAUGUAAACAAAAUAAAAGUGGAUAAUUGCUUUU